AUGCGUAUGUUUUGCAAACUGCCGCUUAAAUUCCUUGGGCCAUUGCCGCUUCUAAAACUCGUGGGGGCUGUGGCCGCCGCCUUUGGUAGCUGCAUCAACAUCCAGACGUCGGUAUUUGGGGUGUACGACUAUGGAUUGCCGCCGCUGCCGUCGAACUGGGCGCUGGUGGACAUGACAUGCCUGGAGUUCCUCAUGCAAAACAGCCUGCUGGUGCUCGAAGAUUUCACCCGCUUCGUGAUUCAACAACAAGGGUAUGUGUCAUUGGACGUGGCGUCAGCGUUUUACAUGCUGUGGUGGGUCCACCCUGAGAUGGUUGCCAACAGCAAAGGCAAACCGUGGGUCUUUUUGCUUUCCCAGGAUACCACCCCCAUUUACAUUACCGUGUACCGCGGUGGCAUGUCUGACGUCGUGAUGGCGAUCACCUCGUCAUGGCGAUGGACUUGA